AUGCCAUUUCUACAAUGGUUCCUAUUUCUAUUCUGCUUGAUCUCAAUGCUCAUAUAUACUCUCAUUGUUAUCACUCUGAAGAAACAUAGAUCAAAUGCACUGCUUAGCGGAUCAUUUUUCCAAAUUGUCGAGAUGCAGUAUUAUUCUGAACUGCUUUUUUUCAUCGAGUUUUCUCUCACAAUGCGGUUUCGUAAAUACAGUAGCCUUUAUUCAUUUUUUGAGCCUGACACAGAACUUCACGGGAUAAUACCAAGGCUGGUUUCCGGUUUCCAUUAUUAUAUAAAAAUAGUGGUCUAUAUCGGAUACCUGACAUUCGCCAUGAACCGGUUCACAUCUGCUAUCAAUAUCUCUUCAUAUAACAGUGUGAAUGUUUCAAUCUGGACUCCACAACUCAUGAAAAAUGUGAAAAUUCUAAAGUGGACAUUACCUUUAAUAGGUGUUCUUCCCUCUCAUGCUUGGCCAGGAUUCAGUUACUGGUUCAUAAUUACUACUAGUUCGAUUCGGCUGACUAAUGAUUCUUUAUCUACUACUAUUGUUGCCUAUGUUGACGGGAUUUGCUGUCUUGGAACUUGCAUUUUUUGCAUGAUUUGCUACAGUGCUACAUGCUUCUUAAUACGCAAAAAUUGGAAUCGUGUCAAGAAAGAAGCGUUCCGGAAGAAUAAUGCGCAAUCUGCAGCUGAACGCAGUUUGCUGGUUUCUGCAAUUCUAUCAUUUGUUGUUUUGAUACUUAACACUGCUGUCCAAGUUGUGACUAUUCUUAUUUCUUGGGGUGGAGCUACUACAUUACUUUUUGUUCAGGAUUUAUCUUAUCCCAUGAUUGAUUUGAUGUAUUCACACUUUCCAUGGGCAUUAUUAGUCACAUCAGGUGUUUUGAGGAAGCAGAUGAUAUGCGAUACGAAAAUCUUCUUGCGAACGGCUUUCAAACUCGAUGACGCUUCUGUUAACACAAUACGGGUAGGGCAAACCGUGUCACCGGCAACGCAAAAAACCACAAAUAAGACGUUGGCAUAA